AUGUCCGAGUCAGCUAGCGCGAAUGCGCCGAAGCCGAGCAGCAGCGUCAAGCUAGUCCUGCUCGGCGAGGCCGCGGUUGGCAAGUCGUCGCUCGUCCUUCGGUUUGUCAACAAUGAUUUCCAAGAGAACAAGGAGCCAACGAUCGGCGCCGCCUUCCUGACACAGAAAUGCACUCUUCCCACGCGCACAAUCAAGUUUGAGAUUUGGGAUACAGCCGGCCAGGAACGUUUCGCCUCACUUGCGCCAAUGUACUACCGCAAUGCCCAGGCUGCCCUUGUCGUCUACGAUGUCACGAAGCCAUCAUCGCUGACAAAAGCGAAGCACUGGGUUGCUGAGCUGCAGCGCCAGGCUAGCCCCGGAAUUGUCAUCGCUCUUGUCGGUAACAAGCUGGACUUGACCAACGAUGGUGGUGAUGCUACGGGAGCUUCAUCCGCUCCCCAGGCCGAGUCCGAGUCGGCAGGACAAGAUGAAGCAGAGGCUGGCGAGGAGGCCGAGGAGCAGCUUCCUGCUUCGGGCGACGCUCGGAAAGUGUCGACUCGGGAAGCCAGCACAUACGCUGAAGAGGAGGGUCUGCUGUUCUUCGAGACUAGUGCGAAGAUCGGAACCAAUGUCGUGGAAGUCUUCACGGCUAUUGCCAACGCUAUUCCAGAGAGUAGCCUGAAGACCGGCCGGGGUGCUGGAGGUGCCGGACAGACUGCGCUGGGAAGCCGAUCGGGUGAGGAUUCUCGGGUUAACCUAGGAGACCGGGGCGCCGCGACGGCCAAGGAGGGUUGCGCUUGUUGA